CAGUCACAGUCACAGUUGCAGCGCAAACGUUGAAACGUUCACAACGAAACACGGGUGGAGUGCCAUUCAACACGCAAUGCGUGUGUGUGAGUCCAGUGAGAAUGUGAAAUGUGGAAAUGUAAAAUACUAAAUGUAAAUGUACAUAAAUAAAUAUAUUGACAAGGAAUUAAUGUGUGAAACGAAUGGCAAAGCCAUAACGCGUAAGCUUUUGAGCCGCUGAUAAUCUAAUAGACUUGUGCUUGAUGACAAAUGCAGCAACAACUGAGAGACAAUUAAUACGGAAACCGGAAAAACGUUAAAAACAUUGUGCAUACGCCGUGUGGGCCACCACGAGCAAAGUCAUAAAUGAAUGCUUUUAAUUGCAAAAGAAUGACAUUUGCCCGCAGAAAUACGAAACAAACAAAAUGAAAAUCGUUUGCAAGAACAACAAUAACGCAAGCAACAAUAAACACAAAAACAAACAGCUGCAGCAGAAGCAGCAUCCACAGUGAAAAUUGUGAAAAUCGCGAAAAUUGAGCGAACAACAAAAUGCUGCUGAUGCCAACAUCAUGUGGCCCGGGGCCACCAGUGGACGAUGGCGACGCUGCUGUUGACCUUAGCUUAACCCCACACGAACGAUGUGCACGUAUCCCGACCCGCUCCCCCUUCCACUCCCAUUCACCCUCUCAAAUCCAAUCCCAGUUCCAGUUCCAGAAGCACAACCCAACCAGUCCAACUACGGGCAUUCCCAGAUGGCUUCUAAUGCUCCUCGUGCUCUUUGUCAUUGUGGCCCAAACGCCGCAGCGUCAAGUGGCCGCCGAGAAAAGCAAACACUAUUAUAUGCAAUCGCUGUGCAAGAAUCACUUUCUGCAGCAACUUUAUCGCAAAAUUGACGGAGCUGUACUUUGGUCGCAAAACGAACGCAAUCUGGACUGUGUUAUCACCUUUCAGACACAGACGAUUCUGCAGCGCUUCAUGCUUCGCUUUGAUAUGCUCCAACUAGACUGCAAUGAUCAUCUGCUGGUCUACGAUGGAGCGCAUGCAGUAUCAACGCCCAAGAUUGACAUCUCCUGUCGCAAUACGAAGAGCACGGUGAACGCGAUAUUGACACGAACGAAUUUCGUGACGCUCAAGUACGUGACCGAUGGCUGGGGAACAGAUGCGAACGGUUUCAAGUUGGUGAUAACAUCGGUGAAGGACCCAAAGCACACGUGCAAGGAUUUCACAUGCGCCACACGCGAGUUCUGCAUCAGUCCCGAUCUGCUCUGCGAUGGCGUCAACCACUGUGGCGACAACUCCGACGAGUCUGUGCAGAAUCUUUGCCAGAAUGAGACGACAAGCACCGUGUUUGGCGUGGACAUGACUUGGUUCGUGCUAAUCGUAGUCGGAGUCCUGCUCGUGCUUAGCGCCCUCAUUGUGGCCAUUGCGAUCUGUGUCUGCCGUCGUCAGGAUGAGAACACUGUCAAUCAGAACACGGCCCUGCAAAUGCAUCACAAUGCGGAUACGAAUGGAUCGUCGAAGCAUCUGCAUUUCCAUGGCAUGGGCGUGGGCAUGGGAGGCACGCUAACGAGAGAGCAUACACAACUGCCGCCAGGUUCGGGAAACUGGCAUCACCCUGCGGGACCAUCCGGGUACCACCGCAUUCCACACAAUUACUUGAAGAUGGCCACCAAAGUCCGUCCCAUUUGGUGCUUGGCAAAUUCCGUCAAUUAGGUCAAGAUCUUUCACAAAACUCCGCCGGACUCAGUCAGACGAACAUCGCCGUUGCAGCUGGCAAUCAUCCGAAUGCCAAUGCCGCCAAUGUCGCUGCUGCCCAAAAGGACGAAUGGUUUGUUUAAUUACCAAAUCGCUCGAUUCUUUUAAGCAACAAAACAACUGACUUCGGUUCCGGGUUAACUAACACUGGAUCAAUGUGAAAGAACGAAAGCAACAAACAAAACAACCAACUAAAUAAUUGACUUGAGCACAAUAAUCUGCACUUAAUUAAGUGAUUUCAUGGAUAUUUGCAGAGCAUUAAAUGAAGACUGUUUGACUAUAUUUAACAACAAAUAAUGUGGACAUCACCGCGCAGGGUGUAUAUUUAAGAGAUCUACUCGUACCCAGGAAGAAUCUCGAACGCGUUGGGCGAAAUGUGCCGUAAGAACGCACAAUUUUGUCGGAUAACCAAUGCACUUGUAUAUAGAUUAUAAAUAAAUAUUAUAAAAAAAUAAAACAAAA